CAUCGCUCCUUCAGCUAGAAGGGCGUACUAGCAUGCGGAUGCCACAAGUCACUGCCUCAAUCGGGGUUUGUCUUCAACAGGUAUGUAACUAGUGAAGCUUGGGGCGAAUAGAGAGCCACACGCUCACUGUCACUUUUACCUACUGGGAAGUUACUGAUGCGAGAUCGAUAUAUAUGGGUAUGCAACUCGAUCCGAAGAAGCACUCAAAUUCAUUUAUCAACGCCGCGCUGGCAUGCCGAGCGACCUGCCAGUGGAGUGGAAACUGACCAUGAAGCUUCAGGACUUCAUUGGCCCCCACCUUGCAUCAAUAUUGGCGGCAAGCGUGGACUCGGACCGCAUAAAAGCUAGCGCACCCCUCUGCACUGACUCAAGCCUUGCCCGGUUCGUCACCCGCAAGAUGUCGCCCAACGCCGAGAUGAAUAAGCUGCACGCGGUGAUCGCUGCACCACUCGACGAUAAGCUCUACCAUCUCGAUGCCGACGAGAUUACCUUCUACAAGCAGAAGACGGGCAUCCAUGACGAAACCGUGCUUAAGGAGCACAUCGUGCAAGUGCAACACGAAGCUUAUGAGGUCUUCCCGUACAUAUUGAAGAUAGCUCGUCACCCUGCAUAUGAUCAAUUCUUGAAGGUUGGUAGAGAGCAUGACAACGCAUUCUUCAUGGAUGUCGGCUGUUGCUUCGGGAACGACAUCAGGAAGGCCGUCGAAGAUGGUUUCCCUGCCAAGAACUGCAUAGGUACCGACCUGCAGGGCGAAUUCUGGCACCUCGGAUACCGUCUCUUCAAGGACUCUCCCGAGGGCUUCCCGGUCCCUUUCCUCCAAGGCGAUGUUCUGAACCCUGCAUUCCUGGAUCCCUCGCCACCGGUUUACGCACCUCCCGAUAGAGCUAUGAUCUUCGGCUGGCACGUCGGUGGCAUAGAGAAAGGCCUCAUCAAGGGCGCUACCAUGCCUAACGGCGACCCGCUGCCCAUGUUCUGCCACUGCCCGCAGAGCUGGAAGGAGCUAUGGGAUGGCGAGAUCUUUGAUAAAGGGACGGUGGCGGUGAAGGCGGAAUUGAAGGAACUGGAGACUCCCCCCGGUGUCGUGCUGCCGAGGGGCGCGAAGUUCUGGCAGUUGGUCUGGUCGGUGACGCGGCUGUGA